AUGGAGCCCGCGGUGAAGGAGAGUGUCUCUCGCAUCCCGCUGCUGAAGACCAAGGCGGGCCCGCGCGACGGCGAGAAGUGGACGCAGCGCCUGAAGGAGGAGUACGCGUCCCUCAUCCAGUACGUGGAGAACAACAAGGCGAGUGACAAUCACUGGUUUCAGCUGGAGAGCAAUGAGGCCGGCACCCGGUGGUACGGCACCUGCUGGACCUACUACAAAAACGAGAAGUACGAGUUCAAGGUGAGUUUUGACCUCGCCGUGGCGUAUCCGCAGGCCCCGCCGGAGAUUGCCCUGCCCGAGCUGGAGGGCAAAACGGUUAAAAUGUACCGCGGGGGCAAAAUUUGCAUGACGACGCACUUCUUCCCGCUGUGGGCACGGAAUGUCCCUUACUUUGGCAUCAGCCACGCGCUUGCGCUGGGCCUGGGGCCGUGGUUGUCUGUUGAAGUACCGGCGAUGGUAGAAGAGGGUAUUCUAAAGCCGACCACUAAGAACUAG